AUGGCAAAGUUCAAGGCAUGUGCUCCGUACGCUAAAAUAUUCAAUUACGCACCUUCAUCAGGCGCAAUGAGUUAUUCGUUGUUAAUAUAUCCGUAUCUGCUUGUCAGGAGUCUGCUUCCGCGAAAUGCAAAUAGCUAUGGCUUAACUGGAUGGGUGAGGAAUACCAAAGAUGGCAAGGUGGAAGGAGAAGCGCAAGGCGAUGAAGCCUCUCUCGCGAAGCUGUUCAAAGACCUGAAUCGGGGACCCCGACAUGCACAGGUCGUGAAGCUUGAGAAAUCAGACAUCGAGCCAAAGGAUGGCGAAACUUCCUUUGUCGUGAAUAGGAGCUAG